AUGGGCAACGGUGUGCCGGGCCUCUGCGUCCACGAGGACAACGAGCCCGUCACGAACGAGAAGCUCCAGAAGGCAGUGAGGAGAAUGGACAGCCACGAGGUGGCUAGAUGUCUGGACGCUGGUAUCGGAGUGAACGACCCUGUUGACGCGCAGGGGCACACGGUGCUCGACAUCUUCGUCGUGGAGCACGCGAAGCACCUGCAGGACUCCCUGAACUUCCGAGGGCGCCCAGAGGAGGCCACGAGGCUGCUCUUCGCGAGCCAGGAAGCUGCAGCAGAAGUUUUGCACGUCCUCCGGCAUCACGGUGCGAUGCUGUCUGGCCCCCAAGGUGUCAAAACAGUGAGGCAUUGA